AUGGCAGACUCCAUUGAAAGAUGCUCUAUUAGUGUUUAUUCCUCAACUUGUGAUUUUUCACCUCUUCAUCCAUCAGAAACAAAUUUGGCUAGAUUAAAAGACUGCAAGAGAGGUAUUGUUUCACAUCUAAUCAAAAAUGGAGUUCGAUCUGGUGUAAAAGGAGAGGCUGAUGUGUUCAGUGAAGCAGAUCUAAUUUGCAAGCGGGUGGGACUCUUCACUGUCGAGGAAACAUUCACAGUUUGUCCCUAUCACAGAGAUUUUCUAGGUAUUCACUGGCGUCCCAAGACCUCUUCUCAGUAUCCUAACCAUAAGGGAACUGCCAAAGCAUAUCGGAGUUUUAACUCUCGCAUGUGUAAGCGGAUGAUUUCUGAGUUUGGAAUUUUAGUGCCAGUCGGUUCUGGAAUAUGCAGAAAAUGCCAUGGAGAUUACUUGAAUCUUCCAUCACCAAUAGGAGAGGUUGAAGUUCCCAUAGAAGACAACAGAGAACAUACAACAGACUCUCUCAAAAACCAGAAGUCUUCAUGUACUGAUGCUCCUUUGAAUGAAACAAAUGAUGAAGCAUGGACUUGCAGACUCCGUACAAGACGGACAGAUACUUCCAUUUAUGAAGACUUAGUACCGAGUGAUAGUCAAAGCAGCGCAGUUUGCAGCCAAAGUUCUAACUGGAGUCAGGAAGAGGAGGCACUUCCCCUUCAAGAAAUUCAGUUGGCUGAUGUUAAUGCAGCCAUCAACAUCAUAAGCCAAGGUCAUAUUAGUCCUCUUCGCUCAAGACUAGGCACAGACUUGGUGGAUGUUAAAGAACGAACUUUAAGGUACUACAAAAGGAAAGCAGAAGAGACUUGUACAGCUCUGCUAGAUGCGAUUGCUCCUCAUCAAGGACAAAGACUUAAGAGAAUAGUUUUACCAAAUUCAGAAUCUUCUGAUGAUGACCUUUUCAAUGUUGUUGGUGAAAUGUACCACAAUAUCAAAGAUGCAAAUUUGAAAUGUCAACUUUUGUCCCUGAUAGUACACAGGUGUUCUAAGGCUGAACUAUUGACAAAAUUUCCAGAGAUUACAAAACAUCAGAUAGACAAAGCUAGAAGACAUGCUUUUGUAUAUGGUCCUGGAUCAGAUGUUCAACUAAAAGCAUCUUCUCAACACAGAGAGAGAAUCAAUUAUGCUAAGUUACAACAUGCGGUUGAAUUUUUCAGUGACCCAUCAUUCAACGAGAUUUCAUCAUACACUACAAGGAACCUAAAGCUAGAUUCUGGAAACACUUUAGUAAUUCCUGAUAUAGUUAGGACUAUGAUCCAUUCAAAUUUGAUCAAACUUUACAAUGCUUAUUGCACUAGUAUCAACUUUGAGCCUCUAAGUGAGUCAACUCUAUAUGAAGUGCUAAAUGCAUGCAGUGCCUCAAAACGGAAGUGCCUGAAAGGACUUGAUAACAUUGCAGUUGAUGGUUCGUCAGCUUUUGACAGUCUGAGCAGCUUAGUAGAUAAGCUUGAUGAACCUCAACAAUGGAAAAAAGAUAUGAAGGAGAAGCUGUUUAAUGCACGACUGUACUUGAAGACUGACUACAAACUUCACAUCAAGCGAGAGGAUGAAUGUGCUUUCCACUGCUUACAGUAUGCACUGAGUGACCCCAAAUCAAGCCUUCUUGGUGUUACAUGUGAUCAUGAACAUAACCAAAACUGCAGCAGAUGUUAUAUAUUUGGUGAGGCUGUGACAGAAAUCCGUGAGGUCAUCAUAAAGACUCCAUCAGAAGAGCAAGAGGUAUUUUUGCAAGAUUUAGAAAUGUCCAUUACCCAAGUAGAAGACUGGAGAUCUCAUAUUGUAAGAACCGUGAAUCAGGAUGAUGGAAGAAUAGACGUUCUGCAUGACCUGAAGAACAACGAAGUUCUAGUGAUUUUAGACUGGGCAAUGAAGUACUUGCCACAGAUGUACCGGGAGAAAAUGAAAGACUUCUUUGGUCAGAAAGGUGUACACUGGCAUGUAUGUGUUGCAGUUUUCAAGGAUCAAAAUGGAAGUUUGGUGGUAAGCUAA